GGAGAUUAAAAAAAAAAAAAAAAAAAAGGAUAAAUACGGUGUUUGUGAUUUUGCCUGCUCAUAAGAACAGAGUUUAAUUCCAUUGUUCUGUUGAAUAUUGGAUACGUAGCGCUCUUGUAGAAAUCAUUCAUAGUGAUAGGGAGGGGGGGAAAAAAACUCCCGGAACGAGGUAUUUCCCAAAACGAAAGCACGACCCGUUUACGGGCGUGAUUUUUAACGGUCAUGGCUCAGGCCCAAACCGGAAUGUUUCCAAGCCAGGUUCUUUUACGAGUUGAAAGCGGUUUCGGAUUUCUUCUCGGAGAAAAACAAAACGAGAUGCGAGCGGUGUAGGCGUGACGAUGGGGAAAUUAUAAGCACAUCUGGAACAGCUUCCCUGUUUCGGUAUUUAGUUCUUCUGCUUAUUAAAGGGUCCUGAAACACUAAAGUACAUUUUCUGAGAUUUUAGCAGUGGUGUUUGUGGCGCACGUCAUAAAAGACGACGUUAGCAGUUUGAAUUGAAGGAGAAAACCGGUUCAUUUUGAGCCUUUUUCUGCUGUUUACGUCUUCAGGCAGCGACGUGGCGAUGUACUGUAGUACUCCGAUGACGCGUCGGCGUCUCAUGAUUAUUCACGAGACUGCGUGUUCUUGUCCAAUGAGAAGACGCCGUCUCUGAAUUAUUCAUGACGGCACGUGGUGCUUUCCGAUGACGGACGUGUGACACUAAGAUCACAUAGUAGAUGAGCGGCGUUUAUGGGUCACAGGUGUUUGUUUCAGGGGUGUAAGAGUUCGAGUGUGUUGCAUGGCUUUCCCCACGAUGCUGCCAGGGUUAGACUCUGGCUGCGGGCGGGCGGGCGUUUGGUUGGCCAUCAACUACCUACGCGUCGAAAUGGUUCAUGCGUAGCAAGCAUUUUUUUCCUCGCGAGAGCUGGGAGAAUUGGAGAAAGGUGGAGUUCGGGACUUGCUCAUGAAAGCAGUUUGCGUUUAGACAACGAUGUGGUACCGAGUCCCGAGGACUUUUCCGUCCUUUCAAAGGGGUUAUGUGUCUAAUUUAUAACCGUAACAGUUUCACUCGCCUUUUGUGCAAAUUAAACACGCGUUAUAAAAAUUUGAGUUCUUUCGAUAAUACCUCGAUUGUACAGAACGUAUGUUUAUCUCGGUUAAUUACUCGUGUGUAUAUUUUGAUAUUUCUGUAUAUAUUUUAUAUCAUACAUUUAAAGUAGUUUGGGGGAAACUCUUUGGGAAAUUAAUAUAUCUGUCCUGUUUAUUGAGUCCUGCCCUGAAUAAUGUAUUUCACAUAACAGAUGUCUACACAUCGUCCACAAGACAAGAUAAUAGCUGAAUUUAUAAACAUUACCAAAAGUUUACACACCCUUGAUUAUUAAUCCCGUGUGUCGUUAACUGGAUGAUCCACGACAUGAUGUGUUCAUGUUUUGUGAGAGUUAUUUACGAGUCCCUUGUUUGUCCUGAGCAGUUAAACUGCCCGCUGUUCUUCAGAACAACAAAAAUCCUCCAGGUCCUUCACAUUCUUUACUUUUCCUGCAUCUUCUGCAUAUUUGACUCCUUUCCAACAGCGGCUAUAUGAUGUCGAGAUCCGUCUUUUCACACCGAGGACGACCGAGGGACUCGUACACGACUAUUACAAAAGGCGCGAACGCUCACUGAUGCUCGAGAAGGCGACACGAUACAUUAAGAGCGAGGGGGGUGUAAACUUUUGAACAGGAUGAUCGGUAUAAAUUGUUAGUCUUUUGUCAUCUGGGAGACGUGUCGACAUCUUAUUUAGCCUCUGAAGGGUGGCACUAAAUGAAAAAAUAAGCUCUUUAAACAAAAUAUUAACAAUUUACACCGAUCAUCCUGCUGUAUCCAGAACUACACAUCACUCACCAGACUCACGACCCUGAACUCAGACAGGUUUCCUGUAACCAGUCGGAUGUAUUUGGGGGAUCGCUUUUAGCUCCCUUUCAAGCCACGCUGCCCAGGAUGAGGGCAAAGGUGAAGGCCAGCAUUGUACUGGGCUCCAGACGCACCUCAACCCUGCUCCACCCAUCCAGUAGCCACAACCUGAAGCUGAAGGAGUAGAGCAUGUCACUGAGAACAUAGAGCCUGUAUCUCAUCAGACCCUCCCUCAUCAGACCCUCCCUCAUCAGACCCUCCCUCAGAGCCAGCACCGACCCCCUACAGAAGUCCCUCGUCUGCAGGAAGCAUGCAGGACGUCUAGGUAUUGUUCUCAGAGUUCGGUACGUUGUGUUGGUUGCAGUUCGAAAUAAUGUCCUACCUUCAAUGGUGGGUGUGUGGAAGCCUACGUGGCUCACGUUAAAUUACUCUGCUACAAUACUCCAGCUAUCAAACACAUUCGUUAGAACAGAAAAGAUUCAAUUAAAAAAUUUUUUUAUAGACCUAAAUUCUGGACAUUAAAUAUAAACCUAGUUCUAACAUGUAGUUUCUCUGAAAUUGCCUCUCACCUUUACAAAAGUAUGCUUCACUCUAUUGUAAAUAUCCUUAUACAGUUGAGGCCUGAAGUUGACGGAGGAAGUAGACACUGACUUGACAAAAGAAAUGUAUGGGAGCAGGAAAUGGGCAUCUACCUGAUCAGAUCAGAGGUCCGUUUCAAACAACCCAGCGGAGACGGAUUGAAUUCACCGGAACAGAAUUUCAGUAGGUCGUAAGUUUACGUGCAUCAAAUUGGCUGUAAACGGAAAUAAAAGAUUCGAGAAAUUGGCGUAAGAGCUGUUCCACCGAAAGUGUGCCAUUUCCUUCCCCAGGACGUUUAUAUGCAUGAAAAUGAACUGGAGAAUACAUUUAAUUAUUAAUCGAAGUGUCCUGCAUGUUCAUUUAACUGCAAAUUAAAACCAUAUCAUUUUUAAAACUACCUAGAGUAGUUUUAGAGGACCUGCUUGGUUGGAAUGGAAACCUGCACCCACACCACACCGGCCCUUUCCGGAUUAGAUUGGACACCCCUGGUCUAGAUACAACGUAUAAAGUUAAGCAACUCGGCCAAAACCGAAGAAAACAAAAUGUCUACAAACCCAGGUUCUCCAUAGGAGCAGUUUACAAAUAACUGAAGGUACCAUAAUAAUUGUAUGCAUAUAUGAAAAUCUUGGAACAACACAGAGAUGGCAUUUUUCAGGAAAGAAGCACAAAUGAACUCCUAUGAAAGGAUAAACUUUGGUCUGAAAGGUUCAACUGAACUUCAAGGCAACAAUGAAGGACCUGGUGAAGGAGUUGGAGUACCAAAAUAUGUACAUCCAUCAUUAAGAGAGUCUUACCUCACCAUGGCCUGAAGGUCAUGCAAAGGAAGUCAGACUGAAGGUUGUAAGUGACCAGCAGCCUUUAGGAGGAGUUUUCUCUGGUCAGAUGAAACUGAUAACAAAUGAACUGUUAGACCAUAAUGAUCAGCGCUACGUAUCUGCACUUUUUCUACGUAUGGGGAAAAAAGGGUGUGGCUUUUAAUCUAAAGAGUGCCAUUUAAAUAGUGAAGCAUGGGAGUGGCAGCAUCACGUAAAAAAACUUGUGGAAGGCCUGAUCAAGGGGUUGAUUCGGGUUAAAGCAAUUAAAAGGCACUAAAUACUAGCAAAGUGUAUGUAAAAACUCUGACCCACUGACAAUCUGAUGUAGUAAAUACAACCCCAAUUCCAAAACAGUUGGGACGCUGUGUAAAAUGUCAAUUAAAACAGAAUGCAAUGAUUUGCAAAUCUCAUAACCCCCAGAUGUUAUUCAUAAUAGAACAUAGACAACAUAUCACAUGUUUAAACUGAGGAAAUGUACCAUUUUAAGAAAAAAAAAUAAAAAUUAGGUGUUUUUGAAUUCAAUGGCCACAACACGUCUCCGAAUAGUUGGGACGGUGGCAAGAAGAGGCUUGAAAAGUAAGUUCAAAUUCAAAAUGACCUUUUUUUUUCUUCCUUAAAAUGGUACAUUUUCUCAGUCUUUCACUAUUCACAUACGUUUAAACCAAAACGUGUGAUAUUCUGGCAGCCGACCUUGAGGGUUUUUUGUUUUUUUUUGUCAAAUUAGAGCUUUUCAUGUCAGACUAGAAUUUGUGUGUCUCUUAGCAACAGCAGGAAGCCCGAAAGAGAGAGAGAGAGACAGACAGAGAGAGAGACAGACAUGCACACAGCUGCUGAUACACAGGUACCUGCAAAUACAGGUCCCUUCUAAUUAGAAGCCAUCACAUCACACGAGUCUCACAGUCCCAAAUAUCCUUCUGAAUUCAGUGCAGUGAUGUUUCCUGUGUCUCCUGUGUCAUUAAGCAGCAAGCCUUCCCCUAGUACCUCUCUGCUAUCCUUGCUUAGCCCAGUGGAACAGUCCGACUCAGAAGCUCCACAAAACCAAAAACAGUAUACCAUGGUGUCUCCCCUUCCCUUGCCCUGUUGGGCUACACAGGCCCUGUGUGAUUUAGCACUUAGUGAGACAGAGCUCAGACGGCUUCGGGAGCAGCAGGCGGUUGAGGCCGAGGUAGUGGGCCGAGGAGUAGAACGUGCUCUGCUGGGAGCACAAAGGGAGGAACGUCGCCUGCUGGAGAGAGUAGAGCAGGAUCAUCGGGAUCUACAGCGCAGGCUGGAGCAGUUGCAAAGGGACAAUGCAGCAGCUAUCCGAGUUGGACGAGCACUUAUAGAUCAGCGCCUGCGCAAAAUCUGUCAGUUACGAGAUCAAAUUAAAAAAAGUAAUGAAAAAAAUCCAAAUGGAGACAAAGAUGUGGGUGAAGUAGACCAGAAGCAUGAACUGCUUCUUAAGAGUGUUGCAGAGCUUCUACAGCCAUGGGAGAUUUCACUUUCUCUGAAGCAUGUGUCUUUCAAGCCCAGUGCCCAACCAAAUGCUGUCACCUUUGGUGAGAUAAGGGUGCAGGAUCACACUGUUAAUUUCCCUGUUGGUGCCUGUGGGUUACAAGGACUUCCGUGUUCCCUUCAUGCCUCUGGAAGGCAGUGUGAUAAAUGGACAGAGCCAGGAACUGGAGCUAGGAGCAUGCCUGAUGGAGCAGGGCCUGGACAUAGCCAAGUUCUUAUUUCAUCAAAUAGUUGUGGGACCCAGAGAGCUGUCAGAAAAAUCAAACUGUCAGCCCAAAGUGAUGAUGAAUCUGGUGAAGAUGUGAAACCACUGUCACUACAUAUGGGCCACUGGCACCCAAAGCUGGUCCACAGUGAGCGUGAAUCAUCACAGGAGGAAAAGUGUGAAUCACCCACAUCUGAAUCCAAAGGAGAUGAGCUUUUCCUGGCUGUACCAGCAAUGCUUAGCAACAUGGAGUCAGAAGGAGAAGAAUCUCAAAAUGGAUCAAUUCAACCUCUUGCUUCAGAAGCAGCAAGGAAGCAGCUGGAAUCUCCAUCCCCAGAAAGAGACUGUCAGCAACAGAGAGGUCCAUUCUUAUGCGGUUUUCAUUGUGAAGAUCCAAAGACAGAUAGGCAGCAAAACUCCUCCUUCAAAGGAAGGUCUCGAAUUAGCUAUUGCUCAAUGCCAUGCCCCAGGAGCCAUAGAAAUCUCAACUCCAGCCACAGUUGCCAAGAUCUGCUGUCACAUGACCAUCAUUUGUCUCACCUUACUACAUCCUUAGAUGAACAUGGAUACAACCGUGCUCCUUCUCCUGCUGAGAGUGUUGAUUCUGGAUACACAUUCAUCAUCAGCUCUCCUAGAAACUAUACCACUCCAAAUCAUAGACUCUCUAGAUCCAGUGGUGAGCUUUCUCGUUCACACAUCAAUGGAAAAGACCAAUCAAGCAAGUGGAAGUGGAACGUCAGUAGGCACCAACAGUCCUCAGCAUCACGGACUAAAUCUUGCCCCAGUCAUGGAAACCAUUCACAAAAAGAUCACGCACAACAUAACAGACGUUCUUGGGGAGAUUCACAUUCACUGUCUAUGUCAGUCAUUGAUGGGUAUUCCCAAGAUAGGCUAAACCAGCACAUAAGCACUGGGCCAAAGCGCAAAGAUGGGGUCAGGCUCUGGGGAGAUAGACAUGAACCAGCCCUAGCGGAAUUUGAGGAGGAUGCUCAGAAAUUGGCAGCAGAGGAAAUGCGUCUUGUUCGGCAAUUUGGGAAACAGGGCUCAGGACGUGCAGAUCUUACUCUGCCAAGUGGUGUCCAUGCUACACCUCAGGGUCAGCUUUUCUUGGUGGAUUGUGGGAAUGCCCGUGUUCAGGUAAUUGAUCAGUAUGGCAAUGUUUUUCAGCAAGUGACUUCCCCAAGUAAUGACCCUGGAGGCUCGUCGAGAUCCUGCCGCAAUUACUUUGAUGUGGCUGUUAAUUCCAAAGGUCUCAUUGCCCUGAGCUGUGCAGCUGAACGAGCCCUCCUCAUCUUUAACCGGCAUGGACGCCUCCUCCAAACCUUCGGAGGGGGACCUUAUAUUGCAGGGGUGCCACGAGAUGAGCUGGAAGCACCCAGGGGCGUGACUGUAACACAAAAGGAUGAGUUCCUUGUUGCAGAUAUUCGUAAAGGCACGUUAACCUCCCUGAAACUUGAGCCAAAAACUGGCUCAAGGCUGGAGCGAACAGUAGUAACUGGAUUCCACAGACCUUACCUAGUGACUGCGUGUCUACGCACUGGUCUUGUGGCAGUGUCUGAGCGGGGCAGUGAGACAGGUCAAGAGCCCUGUGUGAAGGUUCUGGGACCUGACUGGAAUAUUCUUCGCAUCAUUGGAGUUUGUUCUAGUAUGGGACCUGUCCUUACCAGCCCCUGGGGACUCUGCAUUGACAGCGAUGGAGCAGUGCUAGUAGCAGAUUGGGCAGAGCAGCAUCGUGUGGUGCUAUAUCCACCUGAAGGGGUAGGCAGAAUAAUGCUUACUGAGGGACUAAGCAGCCCCCGAGGGCUUGCCUUGCUACCCAGUGGGUUCUUAGUGGUAUCAGACAGCAUGCACCACUGCAUCAAGAUAUACCAGUACAAAUAAAUAAUUACUUUGAACCAAAUAAAAGGCCCUGGCUGCUAAUAUAAUUGUGUUGAAAAUAAUACUGACUGACAUUUAAUUGUAUUUGUGUUGUGAUUUUUAUUUUAGUAUUAUACUGGGAAAUCCUACAGUAAAGAGGUAGGCUAUGCAGCCUAAAUAUUCUUUUACACACCACAUUGUUUUUUUUUUUUUUUUCCCCACUCAUGCAUUUAAGUGAUGCAUAAUCUUCAACGAAACCACCCAAUUGCCCAUUCUAUACCCUGUGAACUUUAUUUAAAAUCAUAUUCUACAAAGAAGUCCCAACUUGCAAGCUGUCCUUGCAUAUAGUUGAGUUUGUAUGGUAAUGAUUCUCAUAUACAGUCAUGUGGGAAAAAUAAAGUACACCCCAUGGAAAUAUUUGGACAAGCAAACAUUUGAUCCUCUUUGAAACAGUGCAUAUUAAUAAAGUUGGUACACUUGAAGAAAACUACAAGGAAAAAUAACCUUUUCAAUCAUUUAUUCAACGGAAAUAUCAAUAGAUGAGAUAUUCCUCUGUGGAAAAAGUAAGUACACCCUUGGCCUCAGAAGCUAGUAUUGCCCACUUUAGCAGAAAUUACUUCUUGGAGGUGUUUUGCAUGAUUGUCCACCUGGCUUGCUGGAAUUGUUAACCACUCUUCCAUGCAAUAUUCUUUCAGUUGCAAGAUAUUUGAGGGGUUUCUCACAUGUACUGGCCGUUUCACUAGCCUAGUUAUAGUUUCACAUCUCCUCAUAACAUUUCAAUGGGAUUCAAAUAAUGAGUCUUUAUUGAUCACUAAUACAUGUGUGAUAAAUGUAGGGGGUGUACUUACUUUUUCCAUGUAACUGAUUUUUUUUUUUUUUGUUAAUUUAAAUUGUGAAAAUCACUACAAAAUGUCUAUUUUGUGUGUCACUUGAUCGUGUAUCAACUUUAAUAAUAGGCACUGUUUCAAAUCGGAUCAAAUGUUUGCUUGUACAAAUAUGUCAAAAAAUACCCAACAAUUGCCAUGGGGUGUACUUAUUUAUAAUUUUUUUUUUACAUGACUGUAUACAUGCAAAAGAAAAAAACCUGUCCCACUGUGUCAAACUUUGGUGUUUUUUUUUUUUUUUUUUUUUUUUUUUUUUUUUAAAAGCUGUAUUGCAAUUACAGUUGCCCAACUUCAUCUGUUCCCAUCCCCAUGGUUUCACUGACGCUGUUGUCUAAACAGAUCACAAGUUUUUACAUGUACUGCAAAUGUGUAGAAAUCAUUCCAAUAUAUUAUCUUGCUAUCGUAGCUAGAAUUGAGAUGGAAAUCGAAGUUUAUUUCGCUUGUUUCAACUGUAUUUUAUGUGUUACGUUUUCUGUUAAACAAUUAUGCAUGAUUAUUAUAUAGUUCUUCAAUAACUUGGUAAAUGUCAGUCCUAUAAUAAAUGGUGUGGUUUAUGCUGCGUUACAAUA